UUCUUGAUGAAAAACACCCAUGAUUGUCAUCAGAUGAGGGAUUUCCCGGACGAUUCCAUUUUUUUUGUUAUAAAAGAUUGAUCGGGAGAAGUGUGAUUGCGUGUGUUCCACAUCGGCGACGGUAAUCUCGUGACUUCAGUGAUCGUUGAAGAUCUUCAGUUUAUCUUUGGCGAGUUUGAGGCGUCAACGCCUUCAAGUAAAACGUUAGACACGUUUUAAUUCAAGCAAACGAAAAUGGUGAAGAAAGGGAAAAAGAAGCAACACGCUCAAGCGGCAGCUGCAUCGACUUCAAGUACUGAUCCUAUCCCAAGUACAAGUAGACAACAUCCUUCACAACAAACUCCACCGCCACAACAGCAAAAGAAGCAAAAAAAGAAACAAGAACCACAACAGCAGUCACAGCAAGAGCUGCAGCAGUCACAGAAAGAGCUGCAGAAAUCACAACAAAAGUCACAACAGCAACAGCAACCACAACAACAGCGACCACAACAGCAGCAACCACAACAGCAGCAACCACAACAGCAGCAACCACAACAACAGCAACCACAACAGCAGCAACCACAACAGCAGCAACCACAACAGCAGCAACCACAACAGCAGCAACCACAACAGCAGCAACCACAACAGCAGCAACCACAACAGCAGCAACCACAACAGCAGCAACCACAACAGCAGCAACCACAACAGCAGCAACCACAACAGCAGCAACCACAACAGCAGCAACCACAACAGCAGCAACCACAACAGCAGCAACCACAACAGCAGCAACCACAACAGCAGCAACCACAACAGCAGCAACCACAACAGCAGCAACCACAACAGCAGCAACCACAACAGCAGCAACCACAACAGCAGCAACCACAACAGCAGCAACCACAACAGCAGCAACCACAACAGCAGCAACCACAACAGCAGCAACCACAACAGCAGCAACCACAACAGCAGCAACCACAACAGCAGCAACCACAACAGCAGCAACCACAACAGCAGCAACCACAACAGCAGCAACCACAACAGCAGCAACCACAACAGCAGCAACCACAACAGCAGCAACCACAACAGCAGCAACCACAACAGCAGCAACCACAACAGCAGCAACCACAACAGCAGCAACCACAACAGCAGCAACCACAACAGCAGCAACCACAACAGCAGCAACCACAACAGCAGCAAUCACAGCUGGGAGAGGAAUCUAAACCACGAGCAUGGAGACCUUCGCGUAUGCAACACCCUCCACCAUUCCAACAACGACAACCACAAGUAACUCAGAUACAAGAAUGGUCUGCACAGCAAUUUCCAACACCACAACAGGUGUCGGAUCCACAUAUGCAACAAUUUACUUCACAAUCUGUACCAGCGUGGGGCCUUCCAUGUGGGCAACUCCCACCACAACAAAGAGUAACUCAACAACAAGCGAUUCGGGCUCAAUAUCCACAACAACAAGUACCACAACAGACACAUAUGCAACCAGCAUGGAGUCGACCUCCAGUACCGCAUCCACAGCAACCACUAGGGUGGAUGCCACUUCCACCCACACAGCAGUUUAUGCCACAGCAAACAUUUCAACAACAAACGAGGGUUGUACCUCCACAGCAAUCUACACCACAGGUAAUGCAGCAGCAACCAGCGUGGGUUUCAUAUCCGUCAACGUCGACUCAGCAAGUUUUAGGCAUUGGUGAUUCGGGAGCGCAGACUGGAAGAACAACAGGUAAAGAUGAACGUACUGAGAAAAGUGAUACAUCAAGAAUGGUGCCUCCAAUGACAUCAGCUUCCUCUGAAUUAGCUAGAGGGAUGUCUCAACUUAUGUUGGAGAAAAAGGAUAAACGGAUGAGUGAAAAAGAUCUCAAUAUUCCGAAAAGACGAAAUCCUUACAAAGCUGGAACUGUAGGGACGCCAAUCCGUGUUAAAACAAAUAUGUUUGAAAUCAUAUUUAGAGACGAUUUUGUAACCACAGCCGUGCAUUAUGACAUCAAGGUUGUUCCAAUUGACAAUGCAAAAUUUAAGAAAGAUGAUUCCAGACCAAAACGUGAAAUAAAAAAUAAAACUUUACUUAGAAAGAUUUUUGAAAAAUGGCGAGUGGAAAAUUAUCCAGAUAGAUAUCCAGCAUAUGAUGGAAUGGCAAAUGUAUUUGCUGCACGUGAAUUUCCAUUCAUAGAUACAUGGUUUGGUGAAGUUAAUAUUCAUGACGACGAACGAGACGAAAACAGGAGCUUUGAAAUUACCAUAAAUAAGGCAGGUACUGUUGAUCUUUCUUGGAUGAAAACAAUGAGACCUGGUCUUCCUGAAAUGGAUAUGACUAGAACUGCUGUACAAAUUCUGGAUAUUAUCUUGCGCCAUGCACCGGCGUCAAGACUUAUAAGUGUAAGUCGUGGAAGUGUUGGAAAAUCACUCUUCCCAGCAGGGGAAAACAGACGAGUAAAAGCGCUAGGAAGUGGUUUAGAUCUACAUGUUGGCGGAUUUUUAUCCGCGGUAAUUGGCUGGAGACCUUAUCUAAAUAUAGAUGUCGCUCAUAAAGCUUUCGUGGCCUCUGAAAAUGUCGUUGACAUAAUAUGCGACAUACUUCAAAUGAAGACAAGGGAAGAUCUAAAUUCACGAAAUGCACGAGAUGCAGUGACUCACUAUGAAGACAAAAUUAACAAAGUUUUGACUGGUGUAAAGGUGAAUUAUGCGAUACCUAAUCAACCGAGCACCAAGCGGACACAUCGAAUAAAUGGAUUAGGCCCAGACGCCAUUAAUCAUAAAUUUGAUGUAAAGGGAAAGAUGUGUUCGAUACAGGAGUAUUUUGCUACAGUCAAGAAUUGUAAAUUGAAUUUCCCACAUCUUCCUUGCCUUUGGGUAGGCAAAAGAGAUGGCAAGACCUAUUUGCCUGCAGAAUUAUGUAAAGUCGCGCCUGGUCAAGCGGUUAACAGGAAACUAGAUGAAUCGCAAACUACUCAAAUGAUUAAAUACGCAGCUACGAAAACAGAUGAUCGUAUCGAAAAAAUAAGGAGAGCGUUCAAUGGGAUCUGUGUGAAUGACAGCCAUGUUAUGCAAAACGAGUUUCAUUUGCAAGUUGCUGCCCAAAUGAAGGAGGUCGACGCUAGAAUUUUAAUUCCUCCAGCACUUCAGUAUAACGACCGAGCUCCGGCGUUGGUGAGCAAAGGAGUUUGGCGUGCUAAAAGAUUUAGUAAACCUGCAAAAUUAGAGGACGGUACAUGGACUAUUGCCAAUGUCUGUUAUAAAAAUAUAGACAGAAAUUUACCUGAUUUUGUGGAUGUGUUAAGAAACCAAGCAUCCUAUUUUGGAAUGACAGUCGGAAAAGCACAGCUCCCAUACCCGACAGUGAAACCAGUACCACACGAAAUUGAAAGAUUCUUCUCCAAUAUGAGAGAUUUGAAGUUAAUAAUUGUUAUUUUGCCAGAUCGUACGGAUGCAGUAUAUGGCACGGUGAAAAAAAUAAGCGAAUUAAGAGUAGGUGUAUUGACACAAUGUAUAAAAAUGAAGAAUGUGCUUUACCCCAAUAAUUCGACGAUAUCGAAUAUUCUUCUAAAAAUAAAUUCAAAAUUAAAUGGCAUUAAUCAUACGUUUACUCAGAAUACAAUGCCAUAUUGUCUACGUGGUAAAAAUUAUAUGCUCAUUGGUGCGGAUGUCAGCCAUCCGUCUCCCGAUGCCAAAGAUAUACCGUCUGUAGCUGCGGUCGCUGCAAGUCACGAUGAGACUACCUUUAAAUAUAACGUCACAAUUAGACUUCAGCAGCCGAAACAAGAAGAAAUAAGCGAUCUGAAAGAAAUAAUGAUAAAGCAUAUACAGUUUUAUGUUAAGGAAAUGAAAAUGCCACCACAGAUAAUUAUCUUUUAUCGAGAUGGGGUCAGUGAGGGUCAAAUUGCAAUGGUUUUGGACAAAGAAAUAAGAAGCAUCAAAGACGCAUGCAGGGAAUAUGCACGCGAGAGACCUGGAUUUAAUCCUCAGCUUACCUUCGUGAUUGUUCAAAAGAGACACCAUGUACGUCUUUUCCCCACGCGUGACCAGGAUUCAGACGACAGGAACCGCAAUGUAAAAGCCGGCACGAUAGUCGACACAGAAAUCACACAUCCAAAUCAUAUUGAUUUUUACCUGGUGUCACACGCGAGCAUUCAAGGUACAGCAAGACCUACGAAAUACAGAUGUAUUUGUAACGAAAGCAAUUUUACUGAAGAUCAACUUGAAGAGUUGACGUAUCAUCUCUGCCAUAUGUAUGCACGCUGCACGAGAUCGGUAAGCUAUCCAGCUCCAACUUAUUACGCUCAUUUGGCGGCAUAUCGUGGAAGAAUGUGGAUACAAGGGGACCGUUACACUGAAAUGGACUUUCAAGAUAAGAAUAAGUGUAAAUUAGAGCCUCUACUUAAGAUGCCGAUGUCUUUUAUUUAAAUAUAAGUACAUACACAGUCUUAAGUUGUCCAACAUCGUUGACAAUGUAAAACAGUUUUUUUUCAGUAUGCAUUUAAAUGUGAUUUCUUAUAUUUUUCUUAUAUUAUUUUUAACUUGCUUAUAUAUGCUUAUAUACAACAACAUAAUUAUGUAUGUUAAUUUUUAAUUAUAUAUUAAGUGUUUGAUUUAAGAUAUACUAAUAUUUGCGUAAAACACAACAAUCUGAGCUAAAGAUUUCGUCGAGAUCUGUAGAUACGAUGUAAUCGAAAAUGAGUGAGUGUGUUAUCUAGCAACGCGCACGAUGCGAUAAAUAAUUACCGAGAAAUAUUUAUCAUCGCGUUAUUCUCAUCGUUAUUUCACUGUCACUCAAUAUUCAUCGUCGUUAAGAAAGAGUCACAAGUCUCCGAUAUUUUUAAUGAGAUUAUUCUUCAACAUCGUGCGUGUCAGUUUGCUAAUCUUGCAUUAAUCUGUCGAAAUUUUUAUAUGCUUGUUGGAAAAAUAGGAGAUCUUUUGCUCAGUCUCAUGAAGUCGAUUUGCAUACGUACAUUAGCGUGUCGUGUGUUUUGUCAAACAUUUUAUAAAAUAUAUAUAAUUUACUGAGACAGAAUAAGACAUUUAUUUUGAGCAUUUACAUGGCCUAAAUAGAACUUGCUCACUAAAAGAUAUUUUAUGAAGAUAUAAAUAAUAAUAUUAACAAACAGAGGGUAUAUAGAACUAAUAAUUUGUUAUCUAUGGUAAUUUUAUAUAUUCAAAACCUCCUAUUGCAUGUAUUGUAUAUUCUCAAAAAUCGUGACGAGUAAAGUUUUUAUUGGGUUUUUUACCUUUAAUCAGGUGUCAAUCAUGUAGAUGUUCAAACUAUAAAUGUUGGGCUUAUGUUAUAAAUGAUGUAAUGUUUGUAUUGUUCUUGAUUUAAUGUCUUGGUAUUAUUUAUAGAUAGAUGUUCAUAUAUAUAAUUUGUAUCAUCACACGUUAGCACGAAUUAAGAUUUCCGAUUCCUGAUUGUAAUUGUAUCGAAUUAUGACGUCAGCAGUGAGGAAUUGUGAAUUGUUUUCUUGCAUUAUAUAUCGAAGUAAACUUGGCAUCAUUUGCACUCAACGCAUAAGUAAACGCAAGUAAAGAGUAUAAAAAAGAUGAAUUUCUUCAAAUAUAUAGCAAUAUAUGCAAGAAAAUUUCUCACUUCUAGUGUUAUAAUUCAGUGUAGCUGCAACGAGGAAAUCGAAGUCUUAAAAUGUUAUAAUCGAUGUGAAGAUGUGUGAAAAUAAAUAUAAACUAAAUAAAAAAAAAAAAUUAUAUAUAUAUAACUUAAAGGGACUUUCUGGAAAAGUGGUAAACACAAAGGUAUUAAUGUUCACUAACAAAAAUCACGAUUGGGAAAUAACACGUUGACUUUAUAACAUCAUGACCGUCGUCACGUUAAAAAAAUUACUUUUUUUUUCAUUAAUUUGGUAAUGAUGUUAUAUUUUUUAUUAGUAGCGGUAACGGAACAUCUUUUUAAUAACAGUAACAAAUUAUUUUUCAAAGAUAAUUUCUAAUCCUGAUAAGUCUUAUUACAGCAAAAACAUUCUAUCAUUCUGAAUCUCAUAUUUUUUAAGUUAUUACACAUACGUAAUGUAUUAGACAAACAUGAUUGUGAUUGUAUAUAUUAGAUGUAUCAGACACAUUGUUUUGUCCUAAUUGAAAUCGGGUUUUUUUUACUUCACCUUAUGUAAACAAAGAAACGCGAUUCACUCGAAAAUUCAUCUCGAAAGUCUAAUUUAUGUAUAUAAUAAUAUAAAAAAUUUAUAUAAUAAACAAAUGUAUAUAAUAAUA